GUCAUAUAACCGCGACCGUUCCUCGCUUCACCUUCUAGUAAAUAAACAACGCGACUGGAAUGAAUUUCGGGUCGAAGACCUUCAAACCUCGAGCACCUGACAAAGGAUCUUUCCCGUUAGAUCACUUUGGAGAGUGCAAAGCCUUCAAGGAGACCUUCAUGAAAUGUUUGCGAGACAACAACUUUGACAAUUCCAAAUGUCGACUGCAGUCCAAAUCCUACUUGGAAUGUCGCAUGGACCAUCAGCUCAUGGCAAAGGAACCAAUGGAAAAACUGGGAUUCAAAGAUAUGGUUGAUGCUCCUUCUAGCCAAACAAAUCAAGAUUGUAAACCCUGAUGUGCUGCUAAUGGUGUUUCCCCUAUAAGCUUUGGUGCAGUGGAUAGUUGGAGGGUAAUGGUGGGGCGAGUGUCACUGACACUAACACCAUAGAAUAACUAUUGUGCACUCGCUCUAUGUCAGUUAUACAUGAUAACCAUCAUAGUUUAUCAAAUAAAUGAAUUGAAAGAGUCCAACAAAUUCCAGAAAGUCAAAAACCAUGGCACACUCGCCUGUUAAAUAAUUAAUGUGAUGGUUUCUCCUGUGGUGCACGGUGUGUGAAGAGCAUAGAUUUGUCAUUUAAAUCUAUUCUGAAAUGGCUUUUGUUGUAAAAACGGGAAUAAUGGACGCACCCGUAAAAAGCCUUAAAGUGCCCUUUUUUCAAAGCAUUUAAGAUGCCUCUCACAAUUAUGAAACAUUUUAAAUUAUGUUUGACAAAUUAGGAAACCGGGCAGCACGGUAGAGCAGGGUUUAGUGUAUGUGCCUCACAAUACGAAGGUCCUGAGUAGUCCUGGUUCAAUCCCAGGCUCGUGAUCUUUCUGUGUGGAGUUUGCAUGUUCUCCCCAUGACUGUAUACCCUCCGGGUACUCCGGCUUCCUCCCACCUCCAAAGACAUGCACCUGGGGAUAGGUUGAUUGGCAACACUAAAUUGGCCCUAGUGUGUGAAUGUGAGUGUGAAUGUUGUCUGUCCAUCUGUGUUGGCCCUGUGAUAAGGUGGCGACUUGUCCAGGGUGUACACAGCCUUCCGCCCGAAUGCAGCUGAGAUAGGCUCCAGCACCCCCCGCGACCUCAAAAGGGACAAGCGGUUGAAAAUGGAUGGAUGGAUGGAAAUUAGGAAACAGUUACAGACAUACAGUAUACCGUAUUCAGUGUUUCCCAUAAACUGCCAACAUACCUGUGACGGUGGGGGCGUGGUCAUGGGCGUGACCAUGGGCGUGACCAUGGGCGUGGUCACCAUUACAUCAUCGAGUAAUUUGCAUAAUUUACUACAAUGAUAUGAUUUUCUCUAAAAAGGCUCAAAAAAUGUAUACUUACUAAUUAACAAUAACAGUUUUGUUUUAAACGUCCAUCCAUCCAUCCAUCCAUCCAUCCAUUUUACAAUAUAAUUACAACACUUUAUGUACAUAUUUAUAUACAGAUUUGAACAAUAAAUUACUCACUGAAAUAUAUUUAUUAAUUGUGGUUCUUACAAAAAAUAUAUCUUAUAAAAUAUAAAAGCUAAAAUGUCUCUUAAAGCUCUGCCCCUUUAAUUAGUGCAUACUAAAUAAUUUAACUUUAGCCUACUACUACAACCAUAUUAUUUACCAGCAACAUAAAGUGAAACAGAGGCAGAGGUGUCCUGCCAUAGUCAGUAACAAAUAAACAGAAAACAGUAGUGGUGGUAGAUAGACACAGAGCUUCAUCAAACAUCUGAUCCACUGAACAAAGAGCUCACUGACAAAGCUUAACCUAUUGUAACUAUAACAAUCUACAAGGUUAAUGUAGGUUGCUUCUCUUUCUUCCCCUCCAUUUUUCUGCAUUCUUUCGUAUCUCAAUUUAUCAUUACGUACAGGUAUAUGUAUUGUUAAAUUUGAACAACUGUAUUGUUGAUAAUAAAGGUAAAGUAUUGGUAUUGUUCAUUAUCAAUAGCGCUAUUUCUAUUGGUAUUUGUAUUGCUCCAUUUUUAGUGUAAUAAUGCUCAUUGUCAUUUUUGUAUUGUGUUUUAUUUUCGCUAACUGCUUAUUUGCUAUUACUUUUACCAUCAUAUUUGUACAUGUCGUAUUUGCUGAUGUUGCUCUAUUGUUGUUGUUGUUGUUGUUGUGUUUGCUGUUGUUGUUUUUGUCUCUCUGUCUAAUCCCCCUCUCGUCCCCACAAUUUCCCCCUCUGUCUUCUUUUGUCUCUCUUUCUAUCCCCCUCUGCUCCGGCCCGGCUUCACCAAAUGAUAAUAUAAAUACAUUUAAUAAAGUCAAAUACAAAUAAGGCAACAAGAAGAGAAGUAUCAUACACUUCUCUUUUGUAAAGUAAAUUUGAACAGCCGAUAUGGGCAUCUACAUCAACUAUAUGAUUUGCCUGA